UGGAAACGAACAUGGGCACAGCCCGCCUUUAUGGCCUACUUAUGUCUCUUGUGUUGCCGGCUCUGUCCCUGAGGUGAUUCUUCUCAAUCCAUUCAAUCUUUCAUCCUUUUUGGCUCCGUGUUCUCGUACCGGGUCUGUUCAUUCCUUCUGCUGCUUGACGCACUGCAGUUCAAAUUCAGUUCGUGCUUGCGCCGGUCGCUCGUUGUCGCAUCCUAUCCACACAAGACAAUCGUCCAUCUCCCAUCAACAAUAAUCUACCAGUUCAAAAAUGUCUCUCAAGACUUUCCUCUUCUCGACACUGCUCGCGACCAGUGCCGUCGCAACAUUCAGUGGUGCUAGCAGCAGCAGCUACGGUGGCAGCUCAGGCUCGAGCUCGUGGAGUGGCGGUAGCGGUAUGAGCGGUGGAAGUUGGGGCGCCGCUGCUUCCUGCCCGGCAGGAUGUCAACCCAUCCAAGCACCACCGGCCGGAGGCAAUGGCGAGCUCAUUGUCCAAGUCGUUUCCGUCUCGGACGCCAACGGUUCUUUGAAGUACUUCCCAAACAACAUCGAAGCACCAGUCGGCUCGAUAGUACAAUUUCAGUUCCAUCCUAAGAACCACACCAUCACCGAAUCCAGCUUUGCUGAACCGUGCAAGGCUGUUGCUAGCAACCUGACAACUCCGACGCGCCCAGGUUUGAAAUCCGGCUUCGUUCCAGUCUCGGGUAACGAAAGUUUUACACCGGUGUACAAUGUCCUGGUCAACGAUACCAAGCCCAUCUGGAUCUAUUGUGGUCAGACCAACCACUGCCAAAAGGGUAUGGCCAUGGUCAUCAACCAGAACAGCAGCAGUCCCAACACUAUCGACAAGUACAUCCAAAACGCCAUGGCACAGGUUCUGACUCCCACUGCUGCUGCCCCUGCCGCGGCCACAUCGAGCGUCUUUGUUCCUCCACCAGCUGCAACCGAGACCGUAGCCAACACCUUUACCUUCGGUGGCUCACCACCACCCGCGUCGACCGAGACUGCGGUCGCCUCCGCCGCUGCUCCACCCCCUGUUGAGUCUGUCGCGGUACCUCCGUCAAGCUCUGUCGCUGUUGCUCCCGCGACGUUUACUGGUGCUGCCGUCAAGGCCAGGGAAGCCUCUGCUGGAUUACUCGUCCUCGGUGCUCUGGUGGCGGCGUGGUAAUUUGUGUUGGAUGGUCUUUUUUUUCGAACGAGAGUACGCAAUAGAGCUUGGGCAGCCCCAAGAGGGCAGUCAGAAGAGGCAGAUUCCCUCGCCAGAUUUCGAGGUCGAGUCGCCAGAUGAUUCGGCAUCGAUUUGGAAGGUCACGGGUGAUAUUGCCGGGUGGCAUCAUUUGGAAUGCGGUGUGAACCGGGUGUGACUUCUUUUUGUAUUCUAACCUCUUAUUUUUUGAUAUCCCUCCCACCUGCGCAAAGUUAUUGCAGCACACAAUAUGAAAAGACG